AUGGGCGAAAACAAGAAAGCCAGCUACGGAGCUGUUCCUCAAAACCUUGAAGAAGCCAAUGUAACUCCUGAAGCCUACGCACGUCGAAAGAGAUUCCGAAGGAGCAUCUUUUGCACCAUGGGUGUCCUCAUCACUGUCGUCUUUUUGGGACUCAUGUUUGCCAUGCUGGGAGGCCAGGUGGGAGUCUCGAAGUGGUUGGUCUAUGAUGCUCUGUUUUCGCUUGACGAAAUGACUCUGGACAGUGUGGAAUCGGGCUGCGAAACUACCGUGGUGAUUGCACGUCACUGCGAAAAAGCAGGAUCCGAAACCAAGGAUGUCUUUGGAAACAGUCACUGCAGUUAUAUUGGAUAUGAACGGGCUGCUUACUUUGCAACGAUGUUUAGUGAUGUGGACAAGAGCAAAUAUCCAUUUCCUGCUCAAAUUUAUGCCCUCCGUGCCGAUCGCGGUAGCCACCAGAAUUUCAGAGAAAUUGAGAUGGUCAAGCCAUUGGCCCAAAAGGCAGGGGUCGCCGUCAAUGAUCAAUAUUGGGAGAGUGCCGAGUUGGCCAAAGUCGUCUUGGCGGACAUUGCCACCGGUGACAUGUGUGGCAAAACCAUUCUGAUCAGUUGGAAGCACGAAUUCAUUGGCAAAUUGGCACGCAACUUGGCUUGUCACUCGUGCCCCCGUCGUUAUCCCAACGUAUUUGAACCAAUGUGGCAACUCAAAUACGUGUAUGAUGUUAAGGGAACCGAUUUGUACAAAAGCAUCAAUCGUGGCCUCGAUACCAUUGCUGUGGAUGUUAUUGAACCUGAGGAACCUGUAAGUCCUCCUGCGGAACCUGUGGAUGACGGAGCCCAACGAAAGCUUCGGCAGCUAAAGAAAAAGAAACACAAAAACAAACACCGACUUCCUCGCAACUGGAGUGUCUACUUUUCGAGUCAAAAUCAAGGGUUUGAUCCUCUUAUGUUCAGUCACAGUGUUGGCGACUACGAAGGCAAUGCUGUCGCUGGCGAGUGGUCGGAAGUCUUUUACGAAGGAGGGGAAAUGUAA